AUGAAGAAAAAAAAAUCUAAAACGACGCAUGGACGAAUACCAAAACCAGUUAUAUCAAAGAACUUCACUCAUCUAAUUGUUAAAAGAGAAUACCAAUGCAUUUGCUGUAAAGAUAUGAUUUGGAAUAAGAAAUUUCAACAAAUCAGUUGCAGUAAUAAAUCCCACCAGAGACUUUACAUCAUACCGACAAGUACAAAUUUUACAGGUCACCCCAAACCAAGUUUUUUCCUGAGGCAAGACAAUUUCAAGUUUACCGGGUCAUUUUUGGAAUCGACAAAUCUGAACGAUUUUGACUGUUUUAUUGAAUGUGGAAAACAAAAUUUUUUCUGGGCUGCUGUCACUGAUGAAACACAAUGCAUUUGUCAUAAUAAUAGACAAAGCAAUAACGUUAUUGAUUAUGGAUCGGAUGCUCUGAAGACACAAUUUCAAAAGACCGUUACACAAACUACACCUGGGUAUAGUACGAUUUACAGAACACUACACAUCAACGAAGAAUGCUAUUUUGAAAAAACUUAUGCUUCAAAUAAACAUGUUCCAUACGUUGGAAUAUUAAGCUUUCCUGGUUCUGGUAAUACUUGGUUUCGGCAUCUUCUUGAGAUGGCAACUGGGAUAUAUACUGGAAGCGUAUAUGAUGAAGCGGAAUUGUUUUCAUAUGGAUUUUACGGAGAAAUUUUAGAAAUGACGAGUAACGACAUCCUCGGUGUGAAAGAUCACGUGAUUCACAAAAGGAAUAAAAAGAUGUACAACAAGCAGAUUUUGAUCAUUAGAAAUCCAUACGAUGCGUUUAUGGCAGAAUUCAACAGGAAAGCAUCUGGGCAUGUUGGACACAGAAAUAGCAGCGACUUUCAAACGUCAGGUAAAAGAGAUAAUGAUUUUAGGAAGAAGAGAUGA